GGAGCUGAACACGGGGAGAAAACGUGUUUGUGUCCAACGGGCCCUUGGGCCCCAACAUGGCCAAUAGAGAAGUGGUUCCUGGAGCACCUAGACUACGACUACAACAACAACAGCUGCCAGGACGACAAGAUGUGUGGACACUGCACUCAGGUGAGAGACACAGAAAGGGGAGAUGUUAGACAACGUCACUGAACUGGUAGAAUAGACUUCUUAUAACCUGAGACAGUACUAUAACUGUAACAGGUUGAAUAUUCCUUUGUGUGUUUAUUCCUGUGUGUAUAAUCCCUGUGAUUGUGGGUGAUGAUGAUGAUGAUGAUGAUGAUGGUGAAGACACUGUAAAUUGAUCAGACUGAUGGGGGUGUUUCAGAUGGUUUGGGCAGACUCUCACUCUGUUGGCUGUGCUGCUCAUCACUGUGACACCAUGGAGCGACUGUCCUUAGAGAAAGUGACCUUCCUUUGUCUGCAAUUAUUACCCAGCGUAAGUAUGGUACCAAAGAACAUGUACAACAUUACACACUUACAUCCUAUUUCCACACUUAGACGAUGUCUGAGAAUACCUCAAUUAACAUAAUUAAUCCUCACCAUUACAUUUCACUGAUUGCGUUAGGGUUAGAGUUAGGGGUUGUGGUUAGGGUUAGGGUUAGUGUUAGGGUUCACGUUAGGUUUGGUCCCUGGCUUACAGCCCUGACUGAGUGACCAUUGACUUGUGUUUCAUUUACAUUUCAGAGGUAACUUUAAUGAUGAGAAACCCUAUGAGGAAGGUGAAUGGUGCUCCAAGUGCCCAGACAACCUGCCGAGAUGUGAUCAGAACCUCUGUGGUAAGAAUUCAGCACAUGUCAAUCACACACAUUUUCCCCCUCCAUUUAUUUUACAGCACUAUCUCGCUCCAUUGUCUUGGAAAACACACAGGUGUCAAACUUCAUCCUCUCCAACCUGACCUCAGUAUCGAGCCAGUUGUGGUUGAUCAUGAUAUCCCCUCUUUGUGGAGAUAGACUGACUGCUUUGGGCUAGGGACCCUGUAAUCAGUUUCUAAGACAUAGCUUUAGAUUUCUCAUCACUGUUUCCCCCAGUGCCUGAUGCCCCCAAGCCUUCAGAGGAGCCUGAUGUCGAGGAAGAGACAACGGAGAGCACUCCCCCAGGCAUUGAGGUGCCUCCACACACACAGACAGCCAACCGGAAUCAGCACAACCAGACCACUCAUCAGCCCCAGAGCCAACCAUGGCUGACAGUGAGAAGACAGACACGCAGCCUGGGGACGAGGUUGAGGAGAAGGUCGUGGAGGAGACAGACACGCAGCCUGGGGACGAGGUUGAGGAGAAGGUCGAGGAGGAGACAGACACGCAGCCUGGGGACGAGGUUGAGAAGAAGGUCGUGGAAGAAACAGACACGCAGCCUGGGGACGAGGUUGAGGAGGAGGUCGAAGAGGAGACAGGCACGCAGCCUGGGGACGAGGUUGAGGAGAAGGUUGAGGAGACAGGCACACAGCCUGGGGACGAGGUUGAGGAGAAGGUCGAGGAGGAAACAGGCACGCAGCCUGGGGACGAGGUUGAGGAGAAGGUCGAGGAGACAGACACGCAGCCUGGGGACGAGGUUGAGGAGAAGGUUGUGGAGGAGACAGACAUGCAGCCUGGGGACGAGGUUGAGGAGAAGGUUGUGGAUGAGACAGACACGCAGCCUGGGGACGAGGUUAAGGAGAAGAUCGAGGAGACAGACACGCAGCCUGGGGACGAGGUUGAGGAGAAGGUCGUGGAGGAGACAGACACGCAGCCUGGGGACGAGGUUGAGGAGAAGGUCGUGGAGGAGACAGGCACUCAGCCUGGGGACGAGAUUGAGGAGUGGGGGGGAGGAGACAGACACGCAGCCUGGGGACGAGUUUGAGGAGAAGGUUGUGGAGGAGACAGACACGCAGCCUGGGGACGAGGUUUAGGAGAAGGUCGAGGAGACAGGCACGCAGCCUGGGGAUGAGGUUGAGGAGAAGGUCGUGGAGACAGGCACACAGCCUGGGGACGAGGUUGAGGAGAAGGUCGUGGAGGAGACAGACACGCAGCCUGGGGACGAGGUUGAGGAGAAGGUCAUGGAGACAGGCACACAGCCUGGGGACGAGGUUGCGGAGAAGGUCGUGGAGGAGACAUACACGCAGCCUGGGGACGAGGUUGAGGAGAAGGUUGUGGAGGAGACAGACACGCAGCCUGGGGACGAGGUUGAGGAGUGGGGGGGAAGAGACAGACACGCAGCCUGGGGACGAGGUUGAGGAGAAGGUCGUGGAGACAGGCACGCAGCCUGGGGACGAGGUUGAGGAGAUGGUCGAGGAGACAGACACGCAGUCUGGGGACGAGGUUGAGGAGACAGGCACACAGCCUGGGGACGAGGUUGAGGAGUGGGGGGGAAGAGACAGACACGCAGCCUGGGGACGAGGUUGCGGAGAAGGUUGUGGAGGAGACAGACACGCAGCCUGGGGACGAGGUUGAGGAGAAGGUUGUGGAGGAGACAGACACGCAGCCUGGGGACGAGGUUGAGGAGAAGGUCAUGGAGGAGACAUACACGCAGCCUGUGGACGAGGUUGAGGAGAAGGUCGUGGAGGAGACAGACACGCAGCCUGGGGACGAGGUUGAGGAGACGGUCGUGGAGACAGGCACACAGCCUGGGGACGAGGUUGAGGAGAAGGUCGUGGAGGAGACAGACACGCAGCCUGGGGACGAGGUUUAGGAGAAGGUCGAUGAGACAGGCACGCAGCCUGGGGACGAGGUUGAGGAGAAGGUCGUGGAGGAGACAGACACGCAGCCUGGGGACGAGGUUUAGGAGAAGGUCGAUGAGACAGGCACGCAGCCUGGGGACGAGGUUGCGGAGAAGGUUGUGGAGGAGACAGACACGCAGCCUGGGGACGAGGUUGAGGAGAAGGUCGUGGAGGAGACAGACACGCAGCCUGGGGACGAGGUUGAGGAGUGGGGGGGAGGAGAGAGCAGCGGAGAGGGAGAAGGAGAGAAC